AUGCUGCUGGCGGCCUCGUGCCUCUCCGCGGCCCCCGAGAUGGAGAUGCUGUCCGUGGAGGGCGACCAGGGCCUCCUGCUCGCCGCCGGGGGCGGGCCGCCGCCGCCGCCGGGCGACGGGCUGGUCAACGUCAUGUCCAUGGGCGUCAGGAUGCCAGGGAGCAUGAAUGCGCCCGAGGACGCCCUGGCGUUCCUGCUCAGCUGCACGGACGGAGUGUCCAAGAUCCCGACCGAGCGCUUCGACAUCGACACGUACUUGGCUUGGGACGUGGAGUCCAUGGAGCCUUGGCAAACCUACGCAUCGCACAUGUCGGUGGUGGAGGGCGCGGAGUUCUUUGACAACAAGGAGUUCGACAUAGCGCCCGCAGAGGCCGAAGGCAUGGACGUGAGGCAGCGGCAUAUCUUGGAGGUCGGCUGCAUGGCCUUGGCAGGCAUCGGAAUCACCAAGCAGCUCGCCAAUCGCCAGCCAUACAACGCCGCUGUGGGAGUCGGCACCGACGGCUGGGAGUGGCGCCUGCUGAAAGCGAACGACCCCGGGGGCGCCUGCGGGCCUUCGAACAACGCGCUGGCCAUCACGGCCAACAGGUUCAGCUUCGUCUACAAUCUCAAGGGGCCCAACUUCCUCAUGGACACGGCCUGCUCCGCCUCCCUCUACGCCGCCCACUACACCAAGCUGUCGCUGCUUCAGCAGCGGGACGUGGACCCGCUGGAUUUUGCGCUCGUGGUCGGCACCCAGCUGUUCAUCCUACCGGAUGGCUUUGUUGGCUGUGCCCAGGCGCACAUGGCGUCCCUCGAGGGCCGUUGCAAGACCUUCAACAGUACCGCGGAUGGCUAUCAGCGCGGCGACGGUACCAAUGCUUACACGAUUAAGUACGGCGAUUUCCGGCGGGACCGCCUCGCCCUCUUGCGCGGUUCGCACUGCAACCAGGACGGCCGCAGCGCGAGCCUCACGGCGCCCAACGGCCCGGCCCAGGAGCAGUGCAUCUGGGGCGCCUUCCGCGACGCCCGGACCACGCCUCCGGAGUCCACGGUGUGGGAGUGCCACGGAACCGGCACGGCGCUCGGCGACCCGAUCGAGGUCGGGGCCGUCAGGAAGGUCCAGACCAAGCACAGGCGGCCUGAGCCCUUGAUGAUCAGCACCAUCAAGUCGAACAUCGGGCACUUGGAGGGGGGAGCCGCCAUGAGCGCCCAGAUCAAGUGCAUCAUCCAGGUCUCGUCCACCGCUUGCUUUGCGACGAACCUCCGCAUCCUGAACCGGCACCUGGACCACGCGGCGUUCGAGGCGCUCUUCGAGACCGAGGGCGCCCGGUUCCGCCAUGCCCAGGGCCACAGCCAGGUGUCCUCGUUCGGCUUCGGGGGCUCGAACGGCCACGCCAUCUUCUGGGGCGACAGCAUCGACCACCCGCCCACCAUCCUCGCGGCGGCCCAGAGGAGGCUCAGCAUGGCGAGGGUUCCAGAGGUGCGGCCCCUGGGCCCGAACCCGGACGACUGGGACUCGGACUACCCGGAAGCGUGCUUCAGGCCGGGUGACAGGUACUCAGUCACGAUCGAGGCGGGCGACGCUCCAGACGCGCCUGUCCGAUGGGUCAAGGAGGCCGACUGUCUGCCAGAGCACGGCGACCAGGACGACGCGUCCUACGACGUCGUCGGCAACUUCAGCGGCUGGGAGCCGCUGCGGCUCGUGCCCGGCGGCGCGCCGGGCACGCACGUGGCGACCGUCGAGGUCCCCCCGGGCGGCUUCGCGGAGUUCCGCUUCCUGCAGGACGGGGACAGGCAGAGGGUCCUGGCGCCAGCGACGCAGAGCUGCCGGAGGAAGCUGGAGAAGAUCCUGGGGCCCCAGAAGGACCUCCGGAACACAUGGGUGGUGGAGAGGGCGCCAGGGACCAUGAUCCAGAUCCAGCUCCUCGUCCGCGGGGGCAGGAAGAGCGUGAUGUGGCUGGACGCGCCGGGCUGA